UUUAGCCCUGACAUUGACCGAGCUAUCUCAGUUGAAGUAAGGAUAAUGUGGAAGCUAGUAGUACUAAGUACUUUGAUAUCCGUGCUAACGCACGCCGGCGCCAAUCCAAUUUUGGAUAAGCUUCAAAACAAUAGGCAGAAAAGAUUGUUAUUUUACGAUGAAGAUGGCAACUUGGUCAAAACCUACAACACACCUUUCUUAUAUGAUUUCGGAAACAAUAUCGAAGAAAGGAAUCCCAUGUUCUAUAAUUUUGUGAAUCCGUUCUACAAAUUCAUAAGGCCAACCACAUUGAAAUCUUCAAUAACGUAUAUGAUACCGGUGUCAGACGCGGUCAUUCAUGAAAUCAAUACCGAUCCGCUAUACCACAAUAAGAUAUACCUUCUCUCUACUCGCGACCCCAAGGUUGAGGUCAACCCUUUAUGCGCUGGAAAACGAACACAAAUACCUUCGCCCAGAGAAUGCAACAGUUUCCUAAACUGCUGGGAUGGUUGGGCAUUCGAGCAAGAAUGUCCUGCGGGAUUACUUUUCUCCAAUGCUGGAUAUUGUGACUAUGCAUACAACGUUGACUGUCAGAAUAAAAUGAUUCAAGAAAUCCCCCUCCCUAUAUGCAAUAAGGACUUUGAGGCUUUCCGGAAUAAUGACAAUUGUCAUGAAUUCUUUGUCUGUGUACGAAGGUCUCCGGUAAAAUUUCUGUGUCCAGCAGAUCUCAUUUACAACGAGGAAAUUGGAGUAUGUGAUUACCCCUAUGCAGUGAAUUGUACUAGAAGAGAAAUUCAACGAGACGAGGUUUCGACCACUGCGGUGGAAGUGACGUCACCAGCUGGGAUUAUAUCAAAUGAAGCACCGCUGAUUUCCACCAUGCCCAGCGCUACUUCAUCUGAUGUUCAGACCUUCAGCAAAUCGAAUCUAAUUGGUCAAACAGGCUUAUCAACUCAAGUGGCGAUGUCACGCCAAGAUGCCAUAAGAAAACUACAGCUCGAAAUAAGCCAACUACAGACCGGUUCCAACACGGACAAGCCCUAGAUUUUGUUUACUAGGAAGUAUCUAUGUAACCUUAUAUGUGUAAACUACUUCUUUCAUUUGCUUUGACCGAGAAUACUUUUAUAUGAAUUGUAAAUGUUUUCUCAACAUAAAAUGUUUAUUAUUCAUUCACAGAUCUUAAAUGUUAUUAUGACUUGAUUAAGAGGUAAAUUAAAAUUCCUUAGCAAAUUUUCAUGUUAAUUUCUAUUCAUUAAAGUAUGACUGAGAAAUUAUUAUCGAGUAGCGGGUCCUUAGUUAUUUUUAAAUAAUUUCUGUAUUCAACAGCUUGUAUUCAGAAUUAAAAAAAAUUGUAACAAUA